AAUCGACGCCUGGCCGACUGCGGACGCGCGAGCUCUCCUCGGUAUUCAGAAUCGGUUUCCGAAUCGACUCCGGAUCAGAUUCGAAUUUGGAAGCAAGUCGAUCGAUCUACCCCCGAAGUGUCGCGGGCCACCACUGCCACUUUAAUCAUUAAUUAAGUGUCUCUUAGAAAAUAAUUCCAAACGGGCCAAACUAAGAAACAAGUUUGCAGCUGGCUGCAUAUCUGUUUUUGUUGUGAGAGUGCGAUUUGUGAAAAAAAAAAUCUGUAGUGCGUGUGGCAAGAUACAUUUGUUUUCACUCAAGCCAAUUAACUCGAUACCAUAAUGGAGUCCACCACACCUGUGCUGGAUCUGAUGUUGCAAAUGCAAAAUGCAACUACGGCAGUUCCUCCGAAAUCUCUCUAUGGGAAUCGGCAUCGUUUAAUCCUGAGUACCAUUGUGAUGGGCCUCGGGGUUUUGGGCAACUCACUGGCCCUUUUUAUUUUGGCGCGAAAAAAGCACAACAAAAAUAGUAAAUACACUCUUAUGUUGCGAUGCCUGGCCACCAACAAUCUGGUGGCUUUGCUGGGGAUGUUGACCACGUCGGUGCUGAAGUAUAAUCUCACCGAGGAAGUCCAUCAGUCCUUUAUGCGGCUGGACUGUGUGGGUCACGUAGUCUGGCGGUUCUUUGGCCUCAGUUCCGGUUGUAUUGCGGCCGUAAUGGCAGCCGAAAGGUGGAUGGCCUUGGCGAGACCCUUUAUUUAUCAUAAGCACAUUACUUACGAGCUUAUCCGGAAAAGCAUCAACAUUAUAUUGCUUGUGGCCGUGAUCAUCACAUUUCUGCCAUUUGCUGGCUUUGGGGCCUACAUUGAUGAAUCGGAUGAGAAUAAUUUGAGAUGCAUACGUUAUCGGGAUGCUGAAGGGGCUUGGAACAAGGCAUACGCUGUGCUCUUUAUGGUUUUUGGCACCCUCCUAUGCAUUGUAAUCGUGGCCUGCAAUCUUUUCGUGGCCCACACCCUGCUCUGUGUCAUAGGGCGGAGUCGGACGGCAAAGCGGCAUAUGCACUAUGACCUGGUCACCAGAGACAAACACAGCAGCGUGCAGAUCGAUCCAGAGAGUAGCAGCGCCACCACACUCUACCAGACACAGCUGAGCUCCGGCAGUGGAGGAAGUGGGCAUCGCAGUGUCCAGCCGGCGCGACAAUACCGGCAGAGCGUCAGCGUCACCAUGUCGGCCACUGAGUCCUCGCCGGUGGAGAUCAAGUUCGCCAAGCUGAUGGCCUUCCUCAGCAUUUCGUUCGUUAUCUGCUGGAUGCCCCAAAUGAUUGCUAUACCCCUGGCCAUUGCUCCGAAUCGGGUGCCCGCAUCGAACAAGUUCUUCCUCAUCGCCGACGUCCUGACGGCCCUGCACUUCACCUCGGACCCCUACGUCUAUGUGCUGAGCCGUUCCAAGUCCAUCAACUGGUCCUUGCUGGGCUGCAUCAAGCGCUGGCGCAGCGGCUGGCGGCCCAACAAGCUACGUCGAUCUCAGAGUGACCAGAGCCGGAUGCGCACCACCAUGACGGAGGCCAACACCCUCGACUUUAACUGAUUCUUGAUCCUCAAACUGCAUCCCAGUACUUAACCCCAAAGAAACCAUACAUAGCC